CUAUGCCUUGUAUGCGGCUCCGCUGAAUCCGAGCCACAUUUUGGAGGGCAUUGUUGUCGAGCCUGCGCCGCCUUCUUCCGUCGUUACUACCAAUCCAAAAAGAUUACCAAAAAAUGUACAUGUAAAGAACGAAAAAUUAAAUCCCAUCCAUGCCGAGAAUGUCGAAUUGCAAAGUGUAUCGCAAUUGGAAUGUCGCCGGAUAAACUACAAGGAUUCCGCGACAAAAAUCUAACUAUGGAAGUGUGCCAAAACACACCAUCUGGAAGUUCAACAUCACUUUUAGCAGCCCGUAUCAUCCCUCGUACCACCUCAACCCUGGAAUUCGCUAUUCCGAAUUGGCACGAAUUCGAACGAAUGCGAAAAGAAAAUAGUCGCGAAAAAACGGAUUGGUUGAACAUUUAUGAAAUUUCUUGUAUGAUACGAAUGGAUAUCAAUUUGACAUGGAAAAUGGUUGAUAAAAUGUUCCCGUUGUCCAGAAAGCUCGACGACUCUGAUAAGAAAGCUCUUCUUCGACACUUUAUACUCAAAUUCUGGCAGAUAUGGCCAAUUUUUGACUGUAUAAAAAACACAGAAGAUUACGAAAGUAUGAAGAAAAAUAAUUAUGAGAAAAUGAUCGUUGGUUGGUAUGGUGGAUGUUUUAAGGAAGGAAAAGAGAUGUCAAACAACGAAAUUAUAAGAGUUUUCGAACCGUUUUGGAGCACAUUUUACUCCCAAAUUGUGCCCCCAAUCAUAGGAUUAAAAUUGGAAAAUGAGGAAUUGAUGGCAAUUGUUUGGCUAUUGUUUUUUGAUAAUGCCUACACAAACAUCUCCCAAGAAUGUGAAGAAAUAUGCCGAAAUAUCAAAAAAGUGAUACUUCGAGAAUUGAAAAACUAUCAAAUCGACAAAAACUUUGAAGAAAUGCGUUUGUUGGAUACUGUAGAAACACUGGAACUUAUCGAGAAAUCUGAACAGAAGUUUCUGGAAGAAAUGAUGAUCUGUGAAAUGCACCAUGUCAGAAUUCAUGAUGAUUUUAAAGCGAUACUUAAGGAG